AUGCCUUUUUUUAGAAAGACCGAAGGGUCGCAGACUUCUUCCCGCCUGAGUUUUUUCUCGAAGGAAUCUUCCUCUGUGUUGGCGCCUCCUCCCCCCCAGUCGGCGCCUACGUCUUCUUCUUCCCCCGGAGUCGCCACAGAGGAGAGGGCUGUGCCUGGCGGGGGUUCCGCGGACGCAUCUUCGCAUCGCGAACCCCGGCAAAGGAGCAGGUGGCUGUUGCGGGUGUCGUCUGCGUCGCUGUUUCGCAGGAAAGCUCCAGCUGGGCGGCGAUCACCCUCCUCGUCUUCACCGGCUGCGACGCCUUCUGGGGGCGAGUACCCGACCGCGGCGCGAGACUGCGGCGGCGACUCGAAGCACGGAGACGCAGGCGGGACCGCGGACGCGCCCACUCAGCAGCCGCAAAGAGGCAUGCGGGGAGCCACGGCGGCGGAGAAGAAGAACGCGGAGGCCGACGAAAGAAAGCGUGGAAGCAUGGCGGAGGCAUCCGAGACCAAGCGAGAAGAUGUAGGCGGCGACGGCUCGCCCAGGCGCGCCUCGCGCUCUUUCAUGCGGUUCAUGUCGAAUCGAGACCCCGACGCAUCUGCAGCCGAUUCAGCGAACUGGGCGCUGGUGCCGGUGAACGCGAACGACCGCUCUUCAGUGGCGACGCGGCCCGAAUUCGACGGGUUGCACAGCCCCGAGGGGACGAUCAUGGGGGGCUUGUUCUCCACGCGGAAGCCGAAGGACGCGGGAGCAGGCAUUUCCAGCGCGCUCAAGUCGGUCGGAAAGGGCGUCGCAGCGGGUGCCGCGUCGCUCUUCGUGCUGCCUGCCGUCGGCGCGAGUCAGCAAGGCGUCGGCGGCUUCUUCAAAGGCGUCGGCGCAGGCGUCAUCGCCGCCGUCGCGCUGCCCGUCACAGGCGUCUGCGUCGCCGGCUACCAAGUCGCCAGAGGGCUCGUGAACACGCCGGAGGCCAUCCACGAGCGCAGCCAAGGCAAAAAGUGGGACAAGAAGAACCGAGUCUGGAAGGAGAAUUGGUAUUCGCUGCGGGAGGAGGCGGCGGAGGUGCUUGAGAAGGAAAAUCCGUACAAGAUGUCUGCGCCGCCGUCUGCGUCGUCGUCCUCGGCGCCGCUCCGGGGGGACGGCGCCAAGGCGCCGGCGGCGGGUCAGCGAGAGGUAGUAGACCGGGAGCUGUACGACGUGUUGGAGAUCUCCACGGACGCGAGUCAAGAUGAAAUUCGCCGGCAGUACUACAAGCUCGCGCGUAAAUACCACCCCGACAAGAACCGCGACGAUCCCGAGGCGAAAGUGAAGUUCCAGAAAGUCGGCGAGGCCUACCAAGUCCUCGGCGACGAAGAUCGCCGCGCGCAGUACGACCAGUUCGGCUCCUCCGCCGCGCAGGACAUGCCCAUUAUCGACAGCGGCCUCUUCUUCAUGAUGCUCUUCGGCUCGGAAGACCUCGAGCCAUAUAUCGGCAAACUGAAAAUGGCAAUGUUUGUCGAGAUGGUCGACAAAGACAGCAAGCAACAACCGGAGAACGUGAGCGAGGAGAUGUUCGCCUUUGAGCAGCAGAAGCGCGAAGUGCAGCUGGCACUGUCGCUCCACGAUCGCAUCAGCGGCUUCGUGGAGGCGGUCGCCACGCGCGAAGGGGACGCGGAGACGAGUGCGGCAACUAGCAAAGAAGUGACUGAAUGGAAAUCUAAAAUGCGUCUGGAAGCCGACAAGCUCUGCCAGUCCUCUUUCGGCGAUGCGAUCGUGGAGGCGAUUGGAUGGACUUACGAGAAUAGCGCCACGCAGUUUCUUGGGAAGCUCGACUCAUUCCUUGGCCUCGGCGGCCGCUACGCCAAGAUGCAGGCGCAUAGCCGCAGCGUGGGCAACAGCUGGAAGACGGCGAACGCGGCUGUGAAGGCGGCACUGGCCGCCAGACAAAUGCAGCAGAAGCAACUCAAGAAGCAAAAGAACAAGGAGAAGGAAAAAAAACGGAAGGUCAAAGCGGCGGCCGCCGCCGCAAGCAAAAAGGGGGAAGACCCCGCCGCCGCCGCAGACGCCGCGCAAAAGGAAGACGAGGGAAACCCAGACGACGCGCCCUCCGCUGAGGACAUGAAACAGUUCGAGGAGACUCUGCCGCUCAUCCUCGAGACGAUGCUGCAGAUCUGCUUAAUCGAUAUCGAGACAACCGUUCGCGCCGCGGCCAAGAGGGUUUUCAAAGACAUGAGUGUCGACGUGGAAACGCGGCGAAGACGCGCGGAAGCGGUUAUCGAACUGGGGAAGAUCUUCCAACAGGCGGCCGCGGACCAUCGCAAGGAGCACAAAGACGAGAAAGUCGACGCCUUGAGGACUAUGGAAGACGCUUUCAUCAAGGCUGCGCAGAAGGCCGACGAGGAACGCGUAAGGAAGGAGGGAGCUUGUCCAAACACGGGGCAGGCGUACAGCAGCGCGCAUGCAGAGAGGGGGGCUGCAGCGGCGUCCGCUGAGGCACAGCCGGCUGGGGCGUCUUUCGCGAAAACAGAGGAUAUCUUGUAA